AUGUGCGAACAGUUGUCUGGCUGGACAGUGACAGAGGAUGGGCAUGGCUACCUACGCCUGCGCCAGCAGUACCGUAUGAAGUCCUUCCUCAAGGCUCUGGAGCUUUGCGAUAGAAUUGCUGAGGUGGCAGAGGCUGAGGGGCACCAUCCUGAUGUCCAUGUGACCGGGUGGAACAGGCUGGCAGUGGAGCUUUGGACCCACUCCAGGCAUGGCUUGACCGAGAAUGAUUAUAUCAUGGCUGCAAAGAUCGACGCAAUUCCCAAGGACGACCUGCUUGGAGGGAAGAAGAAGAAGUUUGGUGACAUCUGA